UAUACAUGUAUAUAUAGAUAAAUCAAGAAAUGAACUGAAUCAGUCUAAUUAAAAUCCGAUCUUCUCUAACCAUUACACUUCUCCAGUGUUAAGGAAGAUCUUACAUUUCUCCAGUGUGACGGUUAGAAUUAGAGAAGAUCUUGCACUUCUCCAGUGUUAGAGAAGAUCUUACACUUCUCCAGUGUUAGUGAAGAUCUGAUUUUAAUUAAAUUGAAAAUGAAUAUAUCAAAAAGAAGAAGAAGAAGAAGAAAAAAAAAAAAGAAAGAAAGUCUUGAUAUUUUAACUCGAAAUAUUUGUGAACGUAUUAUCUACAAUCUCUGUUUAUGACGUUGUCAGGGGACAGUGAUACUUCCGGUCAAACGUGCACACACUGGUCAUUAACAUCACCCUGUCAUUACGAUUUUUAACAACUUUACAUUGUGUUUCUUUACUGUCUGCUAAAACAAUGGAACUCCGGGAACGUAAAACACAAACGACAUUGAAGGAGAAACUCUCCGACCAUUACCGCAAUCGAGACUUCACAGCGAAGAAACGGGAUGUAGGCAAACUGGGUGUCAACUUUUUCUGGGGAAUGACAAUUUCGUUAUUCAUUGAAUCACAGUUUUUUCUCAUCCCACAUCUGUUCAGCGGUUGGUACAUGGUCGGAAUGGUCGCGCUGGUUUGGUUCACGAUGUUUGGAACAACCAUUAAUUGGAUGGGGAUGUAUUUCAGUAGUACAGGUUAUGUCGGAAAAGAACUGAAGUCCAAACAUUUUCCAGAAUCCACAGAGACGCCAACUGGAUGGAUCUACUGUCCGACAUGCCAGGUUGACGCUCCACCUCGCUCCUUCCACUGCUCCCAAUGCAAUGCUUGCGUCCUGAAGAGAGAUCACCACUGUUUCUUCAGCAAUUCUUGCAUAGGAUUUUACAACCAGAGAUUCUUCAUUCUCUUCAUUUUGUACAUGGUUUGGGGCAACAUAUUUGCCUUGUAUCUCCAGAUAUCCUAUCUGAACGAAUUCUACCCACUGGGUUCCUAUUACGAGAUUUUCACCUUUUUCCCACUGAUAAGCAUAGUCCAGUUUCUGUUGGGUUACCUGUCCUUCUUCAAUGCCUGCCUGGUGAUACACAUUGUGCUAUGUGUCAUCUGUUUAUUUGCUGCUAUAUUUUUCAUGUUUUUUGAAAUGCUGCUCAUGUGUAAAAACAUGACAUCCUAUGAAUGCCAUAAAACUGGUCCCAUUUUUGACCAGGGGUUAAUCAACAACAUUCGAUCUGUAUUCGGACCAAUUAAAACACUUCCUUUUCAAAUUAUAUGUCCAUUGUUUCCCGUUGAUCAGCAAAGUGAUGGCUCAAAAUGGGAAAAUACGCGAAUCAAAUCACAUUAAAUGUACAACGAAACUCAGCUGAUGUGUUCAUAUCAAGUUGCAUAAUAUAAUAGUUAUUGUUUUUUACUCACUGUUGAGUUUAAUAUAUAUACAUUGUGUUUAUAAACAUGACAAUCAAGUUUCUUAUUGAUAUUAAGAUGUUUUCAUUUUCAAAUCAAUAAAAUGUAUAUAUUUAUAUAAAAGACAGAAAAAAAACUAUUUAUUUUUUGGAUAUUGAGCAUGCAAUUGCAUAUGGUUAGACACAUUGCAUGUUGCUUGAGAGUGUGUGUGUGUAUUUGUGGAACAACAAGUAUAAAUGUAAAAUAGACAGAAUACCAUUCUUUGUAAUUCCAUAACACAUUUAUUUUCACAUUAGUAGUUUGAAUUGGAUGAAUAAAAAUUUUGUUGAUUA